GAGACGCGGUGGAUCCCCAGCGCCGGGCGACCAGGACUCGCAGCGGGCACCCCUCACGCGCUGCACGCCUAUAUAAGGUGAACUGCCUCCCCGAAAUCCCCAAUCGCUUCGGCCAUUCUCGAUCGCCGCGUAGAAAUCCUUGUCUAGUCCCUAGAUAAUCCCACCCAAUCUCCAGCAGCCUACUCCCCCCACUCCCCCGCGGCGAGCAAGAUGAUCUCCCCCGACGCAGCCCGCAGCGUCGUCGGCAUCAUCGGCAAUGUCAUCUCCUUCGGCCUCUUCCUCUCCCCUGUGCCGACGUUCUUGCGGAUCUGCAAGAAUAAGGACGUGGAGGAGUUCAAGCCGGACCCCUACCUGGCGACGCUGAUCAACUGCAUGCUCUGGGUCUUCUACGGCCUCCCCAUUGUCCACCCCAACAGCAUCCUCGUCGUCACCAUCAACGGCAUCGGGCUUGUCAUCGAGGGCGCCUACCUCAUCAUCUUCUUCCUCUACUCCACCAACAAGAAGCGCUUGAAGAUGCUCGGCGUCCUGGGCAUUGAGGCGGCGUUCAUGGUCAUCGUGGUGCUCUCGGUGCUCCUGGCCGCGCACACCCACGAGAAGCGCUCCAUGAUCGUCGGCAUCCUCUGCGUCAUCUUUGGCUCGGCGAUGUACGCCUCCCCGCUCACCGUCAUGAGGAAAGUGAUUACGACCAAGAGCGUUGAGUACAUGCCCUUCUUCCUGUCGCUGGUGAGCUUCCUCAACGGCGUCUGCUGGACGGCCUACGCCCUCAUCCGCUUCGACCUCUACGUCACGAUCCCCAACGGCCUCGGCGCGUUCUUCGGCCUCGUCCAGCUGAUCCUCUACGCCUGCUACUACAAGUCGACCCCCAAGAAGGAGAAGAACGUGGAGCUGCCCACCGUCGUCUCCAGCAACGUCGGCGGCGGCAACGUCUCCGUCAGCAUCGAGAGAUAAGCAGCUAUGGCAUCAUCAUCGCCGGCCACCGUGGAGAAGUCGACAAGACUUUACCCGUUGUUUUGCCUUGCUUGUCCUCUAAAGAGUCGUAGUUUUCCUCCUUCCGGACGAUGAAUGCUCAACUGCUAGUUUCGUCCAGCGCGUCCUGUCAAAGAACAAUAUAAUACCCAUGUGGUAUAGUUUCCUGAGAUAAAUUACAAUCAUGUCACUUUACUACCUCUAAUCCUCAAAAUUAGACCAUCUAGUUUGUUCUGCCCAUCUUUUGCGUGGAGACUGAGACCGCUGCGGCUUCUCUCUCUUUCACCGCAAAAGUUGGCGAAAAGGAGACGGGGACUCCUCUUUGGUGGUCAGAGGUCUCACCUACGAGCCGGAGGGGAUAGCGAUGCCAAGGAGGACUUGUCGCUAUCGAAUGGGAGAAGAGGCGUGUGGAGCGCGGAGAGCAAUUUGGGAAGUUGGUCUCCGGUUGAAAAUGACCAGAGCAGUAUGCAUGGUUACCUCUCCUCCACUUGGCCUACACUAGGCAAAUUUUGCACUUGUACCUCGCAGCUGCGUUUCAUCAACUGUUUCUCAGCUCAUGUAUUACUGCGGUCUUGCACGUGUCACGUUCUAUAUCU